UGCGCGUCCUUUUCAUACACAGUAGCAUACAGCGCGAGUUUCCCUGGUUAUAUAACAAGCUUGAGGAGCAAAGGUUUGUGACGCCCCUUCUUCAUUUCCCGCUCAAGCAUGCCAGAAGGCCCAGAGCUCCAUUUGGCCAGCCUGUAUGUCAACAAGACGUGUGAGGGUCUUGUGUUUAGUGGAGCCGUAGAGAAAUCAGAAGUGAAUAAAAAUCCAGAGGUCCCAUUCAGCUGCGACGCCUACUUCAUCAAAGCCCAGUCUAGAGGAAAAGAGGUCAAACUCACCCUCACCCCAAUUAAAAGCGAUGAUGACGGUAAGCGCAGGGUCACCAAGCAUCAGUCCCAGCAGGCCAUGGAUGUGGUUUUUCGAUUUGGGAUGUCGGGGUUUUUCCGCUUCACCUCAGCAGACGACCUUCCGAAACACGCCCACCUGCGUUUCUACACCAAUGAAAACCCGCGGAGGGUGUUGAGUUUCGAGGACACCCGCAGAUUUGGCAGCUGGCAUCCAAAUGGGACCUGGCAAAAAGACAGAGGGCCUUGCGUCAUAUUUGAAUACGAGAGCUUUAGGGAAAAUGUUAUUUCAAAUCUGGGUGACAAGACAUUCGACAAACCCAUCUGUGAGGCGCUCUUAAAUCAGAAGUAUUUCAACGGGAUUGGGAACUAUCUUCGAGCAGAGAUUUUGUUCAGAUUACAAAUCCCUCCGUUUGUGAAGGCAAGGACAGUUCUAGAGGGACUUGUGCUUAAACACGAGGAUAAAAAGAAGGUCAAAAUGGAGAUCACAGUUGCAGAGUCAGCAGAUAAAACCAGAAAGAAAGGGGUGAAGGCUGAGACUCCAGACCUUCUUUCUUUGUGUCACACUGUUCCCUUGGAGGUGGUGCAGUUGGGUGAAAAUGGUUAUGCUCCAGCAAAGGGGAAGUAUUCUGUGCUUCAAGCUUGGAUGCGAUGUUACUGUGUAGAAGGAAUGAAGUCAUUAGGUGACCACAAUGGACGGACAAUUUGGUUCCAGGGGGAUCCUGGUCCUAUGGUGCCUAAAGGUGCCAAAUCUCGCAGAAUUAUGUGGAAAAGGCAGAAAGAUGAUCACCAAUCCACUGAUUCAAAAAGCGCCAAGAAGACGCGCACCGACAGCACCGCAAAAGCUAAACCUGCUAAGAAAAAGGAAAACGUAAAGGUAAAGCAAGAAAAUGUGGCCUCCAAAACACAAAAUGCUUCAAAAAGACUGAAAAAACCCCCCCAAAAGGCCAAUACCGCACCUGCAGAUGAGAACAAGAAGCCAAAAACAAGAGAAAAGAGAAGCUCAAAAGUUCAUCCAAAGACUGGAACUAACACAGUCAAAGGCAAACGUGUGAAGGAAGUGAUUAAAACUAAAAGGAAUUCUGUGACCUUCAGGAAAAGUACAACAAAAGCAAAGCCACAGCAGAAAAGAAGUGGCACACGAAGAGGCCGUUCCACGUAAUAAUCACUCAAUCACUCAGACUAAGCUUCUGCGCAAAAGUUGGAAGUCAGCAAGCUACUGUAAUGGACCGCCCAGAAUUUAUAUAUUUAGUAAUGAUUUCAUAAUCCUUUUUUACAUUAAAUAAGAAAUAUACGUACAUAAUUAUAUAUAUAUAUAUAUAUAUAUAUAUAUAUAUAUAUAUAUAUAUAUAUAUAUAUAUAUAUAUAUAUUUUUUUUUUUUUUGUGUAAAAACCCAUGCUUGGAGCCUUAUCUUAUACGUCUAGUGUUUCAUUUCUUAAUGUCACAAACAAAGUUUGUGUGGAAAAAAGAACCAAGUAAUCCAUUUUAAAUCUUACACUGGAAUUUUAUUUUAUGUUUUUGCAGAAAAUAAACUUUGUGUAAAAAAAAAAAAAAAA